AUGAAGUUGUCAGCCAUGUCUUCGCGUUUCGGCAUUUCAGGGUUUUCAGGGUCAAAAAAGACGCUAGGAAAAAACAAUUGGGCCAUUUCUGGAGGCACAAACGGGGGUUCUUGUCCAUCUGUUUCAAAAGUGUCACGAUCGCCUGCAAAUGAAUUGGGAUCAAACAUAAUAAGAAUUUAUUAUAAGAAGUCUUUUUUUACAAGCACUUUGGUUAUUUAA